GUGUGUGAUUAUUGUCCCUUGGGCAGUGGAGAUUUUUGGCUUUAAAAGUCGCAUACAGUCCACGUUAGAGUUCAUAGUUGAGAGAGUCGUCGUCAUGAAACUGUUGGUAAUUCUAUUUUCGCUACUUGUGGUAAUUGCUGCUACUUUGGCAUUACCGCAAUUUAGCGGACGCGCCGGCGGCGGUGGCAAUCGAGGUGGACAUUAUAGACCACAACACAACCCACAUCAUAAUCCACAUCAUAGUCCAUAUCACAAUCCACAUCAUAGUCCGAAACAUCAUCCACAUCAUCGGCAGUUUUAG